UGAUCCUUUGUAUUUCUUCACAUAUGACUCUUUCAAUAAAAUUAAUCCAAGAUAAAACAAAUAAGGCUAUGUUCCAUAAAAUUAUUCUCCAUGAGAAUGCCUUCUUGUCAGUAUAUUCAAACUGUUUCAUACCCCAGGCUCUCAUAACUUCAACAUGCAAUAUACAUGCCAUUAUUCUGAAAAUGCAAGCAGGUCACAAUGGGACCCUAAGAAAAACACCAAAUUGCAAUGUUUUUACUCAGAGGAUGUGCUUGCCAUCACAUAAGAGACCAGGAAAAUAUUUCAAUGCUAUGCAAACACAUAAUACCCUUUGCACUUGUUCAACUUCACUUCUUAAAAGAGAGCU